GAAGGGCGGUAGCGGGUGGCGCAGUCGACAUGCACACAGUGAGCACAUCUCAAUCGCAUCUCACAAGUUCACCAACCGUUGUGAAUUCAGCCCAGCUCGAACGAACGUGGGAAAUCUCACAAGCAUCGUUGAGAGGCAGUGAUAUAUAGGUAACUUGCCAUCGCUAAGCCGCUCGCACCCUGCCACCAUGUCGUUGCAGAAGAUACCCCAGCAAGUCUCCGCAGCGGUCUAUUGCUUCCCAAGAAUGUCCGCGUGUAGGUCCAAGUCGACUCUGGCGGCCAAACGAAUAAGGAUAGCAUCGGUAGCCAGCGGAGCAAACGCAGCCCGGCCGGAGAUGCUCGUGUCGUCUCCUCAUCCCAUAUCCCACAUUCGGUUGAUUCGAUUCCCGGCAACCAGCGAUUCCACCUUGCCAGCUCUGGAAGUAGCGUUCCUGCGUCGACGAGAGGCAGCGCAGAUGUGGAACCAUGAAUUCUGGACGGAGAAUAACCUCCACUUUCAGAGGGAGAAGGCUGACUAUGAGGCUGAGAUACACCGAACACACAAUCGCCCCGCAACAGCGAACGAGCUCUCAAUAUUUUACAAGCAAUAUCUUGACAACUCCUUAGAGCGCCACUCGGAGUACAACAGGGCGUGGUGGAAGGAGAAUACCCGCAUGCUUUUGCCUGCACUACAAGCCGAGAUGAGCGCUUUACGAAGAACAGUAGGACUUGGGGAUAUCGAGAGGUGGUGGAGGAAAGUGGGACACACGAUUGUGAGGAUUGGGGGAGGGUACACAGCGCAGGGGGUGACGUUCCGGUAGAUGCGUCCCACACGGAUCAGUCGAUUGCAAUUUCGGGGAUCCUCAACAGAAACCUCUUCCCUACAUCAAGCCCAUCAUCACGACAGCGAAUAGGCUUUAGAUAUCACCGAGAGCGGGCGCACUUCGGGGAGAGAGCUGGGGCAAU